CGAGAGGCCCGCGAUCUCGUAGCUCCCCCUCCCUUCCCUCUGCCUCCCGGGCUCCGGCUGCAGCGUCAGCCUCGGUCCGGCCUCUGUGGCUGCCGUGGCCCCGAUCCCUCGGCUUCAGCCCCUGCGUCCCUUGGCGCCUCUCGGCUCCGAUCCGCAGCGCCGCCCAUCCUCGCCCCACCGGCGCCGGCCUAGGCCGCGGCCGCAGCCCCGCGCUCGCGUCGGCGCCGCCCGCUCCCGGCCCGCCCCCUAUGGGCCCCGGCUAGAGGCGCCGCCGCCGCCGGCCCUCGGAUCCCCGAUGCUGGCCCGGAGGAAGCCGGUGCUGCCGGCGCUCACCAUCAACCCCGCCAUCGCCGAGGGCCCGUCCCCCACCAGCGAGGGCGCCUCCGAAGCAAACUUGGUGGACCUGCAGAAGAAGCUAGAGGAGCUAGAACUUGACGAGCAGCAGAAGAAGCGGCUGGAAGCCUUCCUCACCCAGAAGGCCAAGGUCGGGGAGCUCAAGGACGAUGACUUUGAAAGGAUCUCGGAGCUGGGAGCCGGGAACGGUGGGGUGGUCACCAAGGUCCAGCACAGACCCUCGGGCCUCAUCAUGGCAAGAAAGCUGAUCCACCUGGAGAUCAAGCCAGCCAUCCGGAACCAGAUCAUCCGUGAGCUGCAGGUGCUGCAUGAGUGUAACUCCCCGUACAUCGUGGGCUUCUAUGGGGCCUUCUACAGCGACGGCGAGAUCAGCAUCUGCAUGGAGCACAUGGACGGUGGCUCCCUGGACCAGGUGUUGAAAGAAGCCAAGAGGAUCCCCGAAGAGAUCCUGGGGAAGGUCAGCAUCGCGGUUCUGCGGGGCCUGGCGUAUCUCCGGGAGAAGCACCAGAUCAUGCACCGAGAUGUGAAGCCAUCCAACAUCCUCGUCAACUCCCGAGGGGAGAUCAAGCUGUGCGACUUUGGGGUGAGCGGGCAGCUCAUCGACUCCAUGGCCAACUCCUUCGUGGGCACGCGGUCCUACAUGUCUCCGGAGCGGCUGCAAGGCACUCACUACUCGGUGCAGUCAGACAUCUGGAGCAUGGGCCUGUCCCUGGUGGAGCUGUCCAUUGGAAGGUACCCCAUCCCCCCGCCGGACGCCAAGGAGCUGGAGGCCAUAUUUGGCCGGCCCAUGGUUGACGGCGCGGAAGGAGAGCCUCACAGCAUCUCGCCGCGGCCGAGACCCCCCGGACGCCCCAUCAGCGGUCAUGGGAUGGACAGCCGACCGGCAAUGGCAAUCUUUGAGCUGCUGGACUACAUCGUGAACGAGCCUCCUCCCAAGCUGCCCAACGGCAUCUUCACCCAGGACUUCCAGGAGUUUGUAAAUAAAUGCCUAAUUAAGAACCCAGCAGAGCGAGCAGAUCUGAAGAUGCUCAUGAACCACGCCUUCAUCAAGCGGUCCGAGGUGGAAGAAGUGGAUUUUGCCGGCUGGUUGUGUAAAACGCUGCGGCUGAACCAGCCCAGCACGCCCACGCGCACUGCCGUCUGACGGUCCUGCCACCGACAGACCCGCUCCCCAUCCCACCCCUCCGGCUGCCCCCUCCGUGGGGAUGCGCGCGUGGCCCUUGGGCCCGGGGAGGCCGACACCGCUGUGCUGUCUUCUCAGAACCUGCUUCCUUAGGUUUAAAGAAAAAAACCGAAACAAAACAGGGAAAGAAAAAGCAAACGUGCCGGUUGUGCUUCUUGUGCCUUUUCCUUGGGGUGUCGCCUUGAUCCAGCCCGGGGUGGGCGCCUCUGCGAGGGCGGCCCAACCCCUGAGAGACGGGCAUGGUGUCGGGCACUGGCUUUGCUCCUUUCCGAGGCCCUCAGAGGGACCCCCAGCCGUGGGUGACUUUCACCAGAAGAGAAGGGGGCUGCCCCCUUGGGGUGCGUGUGUGCCCCCAGCCUGGCAUCUGCCCCUUGGAGGUGGCCGUCCCGGCCCGCAAGAGCUAUUGGGCCCAGUGGCUCUCGUGGGGUCCCCGCCCCGGCGGCUCCAGCCUCGGGCCAUGCAGCCUGUCCUCAGCAGUGCGUGACCUGCCCCCUGGGAGGGACCCCCAAGUCCUCUUCUGUGCUUCGGGGAACAGAGACUUCUGACAGCUCGCAGCAGCCUGAGCUGACAUUCGCUUGGCAGAAAGGAAGCCUUGGGUUUCCAAGCUGUCCUGUGGUUGAAGCCCCAGCAGAUCCUGCAAAUAAGGCCCGCUCCCCUAUGCCUGCAGGCCGACAGAUGUGGGCGGGUGGCUCUGUGUCACCUCUGCUCGCCCAGCAAAUCAGAAGUGACCACCCAAGGCACGUCACUGUCUCGGGCCUUGAACCGUUCGACCGCAGCUGAUCGGAAAUGAGAUGGUGGGGGUGAGGCUGUCCUGACUCCUGGUGGCUAUUGGGGUGUCCAGCCAGGCCCCUUGCAGGGGUCUGCAUGAGGUCCGAGGCCCGAGACCCAGCCUUUCCGCCUUCAGGGCUGUACCACCUCCAACGGAGAAGGCCGCCUCUGGGCCAUCGGGCAGUAGGAAGUGGUGGAGGGCAGGGCUGCUUCUAAGGUUUCCCCUCCUGCAGGCUCUCUGAAGAUGAAGCUGUGAGUCUCCCCACAACCCCAAUACUUCCUGAAGGCUUGAAACAGGCCGAUAUUUAUCUGUGAUAAGUCGCAGAGGAAGGGUUCUCGUAGAGCAGCGGUCCUGGGGCAAGCCAGCCCCGCGUUUCUGGAGAAGGUGCAGCUGAAGGUGGGGGAUUGUGGCCCUCUGGGAACUGCUGGGUCCUUUUCUUCCUAGGGAGACCCUUCAAGUCUCCUCUGUUUUUUCCUGUGGUCACCAAAGAGAAGACAAGUUGGUAGCUGUUCCAACCAGCUUUCCAGAUUUCUGCCACCUCGUAGUUGCCCCCAAAGUCUUUCCUGAUUUAGAAAAGAAUAAAAAAGAUAACUAAAAGUGA